CAACUGGAAAACAACUGUACAAUUAAAAUACAUCAUUUUAAGUCUCGCAACUCAAACAAAAAAACUAUUAUAUCGCCAAGAACCAUCUGCCAACUAACUCGUUUCCUUUAUUGUACAAAAUCUAAUUUCCUAGUCCAACACUGAAUAUUUGAAUCCAAACAAACUUUGUUAGAAUUCAGAUCUAAGCGGUCACAAAUUUGCAUUAUAUUGCAAAAUUAGGGAGAAAUGUUUAAAUCGCUUAACAACAUUAUUUAAGCAAAAUUACCAGCUCGGUAUUUAAAAUCCAGAGAUCAUUAAACUUCCCUGCAGUGACGGUUGGAGAACCAACGGCGAUGUAGCGAAUCUUUUUUCAAGCGCAACAAGUUUCAAAAGCCUGAUUUUUAAACCUGACUUUGAUCGAUUUUGACAUCAAUUCCUGUAAGAAAUCUAUCAAAUUUUUUCAGGGAAAAUUGUCCUGUCGGGUUACGUCACGCUUCUCAACUCAAUUUGUCCUUACUUGCGUAACAUCUUCGUACAACAGAACAACUUGCCGCAACUAGUCAGCCCAACAUACUGUACGUAUUAUUCUACACCAAAGUUACUUCAGUCUUUGAAUACCAUAUUCAUCUUACAAUAUUCCUAGUUUGUACAACCCACAUUUUAAAUGUCUAAAUUGUGACCAUUUGAGCGGUCUAUUUUUAUUCGGGUUUACUACUUCUCACAUAAUUAGCUCUCCCGAAUUUGCAUAAAAGGCACUUUUAUCUGCAAUCCAGUUAAUUUUAGACUAAAAUGAAAUUCUCACAAUUGACCCCUACAAACCAAUAUCACAGGACUUUUAUUGAGCCAGAAAAGAGGCUUCCAAAUUUUAUCUAACGGCACCUAUAAUUGGAAAUUUUGUUCUAAUCUACCAAACUAUUCAAUUAGAAACUGUGAAUGUCCUUAAUUUCCUUAUAACACAGGAUAUGAUAAAUUCACUUGAGCAAACUAUAGAUACUCUUCUGACAAAAACACAUUCCGAGCAAGGGCAGAUUUCAUAAUCGAACUUUAAACUAUUGAACAAGUACAAAAUUGCAAUUUCUUCACCUUAUCUCGUCAAAACGACAGUUCACGUCACGACGCUUCUUCGUUUAGUUCAAUUAUCAGAUUAAGAUAGACUGAGCCUACAAAAUCAAACAUAUCCGAGGUUAUGACCAAGAGCAUCAAUGCACGUCAAAUUUUACAUUGAUUGCAAAUCAGAUUUUCCUGUGAAACUGGCUAAGUUAUCGCUGAAGUAACAACUUAUUUUUGAGUUUCAAUCAUCAAACAGAGUAGCAAACAAGGUUACAUAACUGAUAACGAAAAUCAUUCAAGUAUUUUGGCCCUCUUUGGCAAACACUUCAGAUACCUGGCAUACCAUUUACAGACAAACUAUUCACCCUUAUUUUUCACUUAACUUCAGUUAAUAUAAAAAACUAUAGAUUGAACUCGCGAACUCGUGUUCAAAAUGGGGAAGGAGGAGAGAAAUGAAACAUCCGUUGAUAAUACAGACAGCAACAGUAUGGAUUCCAGUUCCUCGAAACCGGUCAACCCCCUUUCGGCCAGUAUCGCUCUGGACCAUCUCGAUGCGGCCCCACCUCGGGUCCAAUACGCGAGUACGACCGAGUUCCUUUUCAGCUGCAUUUCCUAUAGCAUAGGCCUCGGGAACCUUUGGCGGUUCCCCUACAAGUGCUACAACAACGGGGGAGGAGCUUUUCUCAUACCCUACAUUCUGUGCCUAAUCUUCGCCGGCAUGCCACUUUACUUGCUGGAACUAACCAUGGGCCAAUUUACCAGCAAGGGACCGGUUGGAGUAUGGCAUGUUUCUUACCUCUUCGUCGGAAUUGGCUAUGCUGCUAUUACCAUCGCACUCUUCUGUUCUGUUUACUAUAACGUGAUAGUCGCCUGGGUUCUUAGGUAUCUCUACUUGUCAAUUAAGGCACUCAUUUUCAAUGACGAUGUUCCGUGGUCGAAAUGCGGCCUCACCAAUUCAAGCGAUGUCCCUGCAGAGUUGCUGAAAGAGUGCAAGACUGACCCCAGCGGAUACUUCUGGAAAUACGAGAUCCUGGAGCAAACCGAUUCAAUGGGAGAUUUAGGCGGAAUCAACUGGACUAUCUUUGGAUAUCUCAUCUUGGCCUGGAUUCUGGUGUGUUUGAUCACCCUCAAAGGAGUGAAGAGUUCCGGUAAAGUUACGUAUUUCACUGCUACAUUUCCUUAUUUGGUAAUUGCAGCACUUCUAGUUCGUGGCUUGACGCUAGAAGGAGCUUGGGAUGGGAUCCGAUACUACAUAGAGCCAGAUUUUAAUAAACUCCUGGAACCCGAAGUUUGGAGCAGCGCUGCCACUCAGAUCUUCUACUCGCUUGGAAUUUCUUUUGGAACCCUCAUAACCCUAGCAAGCUUCAGUCCUUUUGACAACAAAGUAGUCAGAAUGACCCUAACGGUUACUACCAUCAACUGUUUGACCAGUAUCGUAGGCGGCUUCGUUAUUUUUGGAGUCAUUGGCAAUCUUGCCUUCGUUACUGGAAAACCUAUCGAUGCAGUUGUUGAUUCUGGUCCAGGUCUGGCCUUUGUGGUCUACCCUGACGCCCUGUCCAAAAUGCCUGGCGCAGCAAUUUGGUCAGUUCUUUUCUUUUUCAUGCUGCUCAAUCUUGGCUUCGGCAGUCAGAUUGCUCAAGUGGAAACGUGUAUCACCGCCAUUACCGAUAAAUUUCCCAAGCUGCAAGAAAAACGAGCUCUGAUGACAAUAAUUGCAGGGUUCGUCAUGUUUUUAGCUGGCAUAAUUAUGACGACUCGCAGUGGAGUUCAUUGGUUGAAUCUCUUUGACACUUAUUCUUGCUCUUACAGUCUGUUUGUCAUUUGCAUUGUCGAAAUCGUCGCUAUAAUCUUUAUAUUUGGGGGCAAACGAGUUUUAACCCAAAUCGAAAUUAUGACAGACAUUAAGCCCUGGAAAUGGUGGCUAUUCACGUGGUAUGUUAGCGCUCCUGUAUCGAUAGUACUGAUAUUCCUUCUCAACAUUGUUUUCUAUACGCCACUUAAGUACUCUAACGGAGAACCGAUUGAGGGAUGGGCUCAGGCAAUCGGAUGGAUUACCGCCAUGUGUUCCAUCAUUUUCAUUCCCAUAAUGAUGGUCAGAGUUUACUUUAGUAUCGACGGACCUUUCACUGAGCGAAUUCGUUUAUUAAUCGAACCUGAUGAACUUUACCGACCUAUUUCGCUGACGAAUUUGAAAAAACUCAACUUGAGAUUGAAGAAAAUAGAAACGGAAACAGUUGUUCCCUAUACACCACAUCAGCGAAGAGAAUCAUUAGCGUUCAAGGAAGGAAACUUACUUGGCAUACCCGGCGCUCAGAUACCCAAUACAAUCCAAGAAGAACAAUAAUAUCAUGGCAACAAAAUAAACAUUGAGAUCGUAUUUUACUCAGACAACUUUUAAUCUUCGAUUAAAACGAAUUGACUUAUGUUAAGAUUUCUAGGCAGUAUUCUAUUUAAAGGCAUUCAAACUAAAUUCAUUGACCGUUAUUAACAUUUUUCUUGAAUAAACUUAAAAUAAAA